GCGAUCCCCCGUGUAAGAGUAAAGUGGAGGAGGACAUUCCAGGAGAUGUUACCACAGAAAAUCUCAGUAAGAGCUCCAAGAGAAACUUCAUGUUUAAAGAAGAUGUCAUGCAACGCUCUCCAGAAGACACAUUUAUUACAUUUAAUGUACAUCCAAGACCUCACAGAACAGAUCCAUCAUAUAAUCCUCCUCAUCAUAAGGAACCUCCUCCAGACCAAUCACAGAUGUUCACCACAAAUCUAGUUUUAACAUACAAUCCUCCUAAUCACGAGGAACCUUCUCCUGACCAAUCACAGAUUAUCAGAAAUACAGUUCUAUCAUACAAUCCUCCUAGUCAUGAAGAACCUUCUCCACACCAAUCACAGAUUAUCAGAAAUCCAGUUCUAUCAUACAAUCCUCCUAAUCAUGAGGGACCUUCUCCACAUCAAUCACAGAUGUUUACCACAAAUCCUGUUUUAACAUACAAUCCUAGUCAUGAAGAACCUUCUCCACACCAAUCACAGAUUAUCAGAAAUCCAGUUCUAUCAUAUAAUCCUCAUCAUCAUAAGGAACCUCCUCCAGACCAAUCACAAAUGAUUACCACAAAUCCAGUUUUAAAAUACAAUCCUCCUACUCAUGAAGAACUUUCUCCACAACAAUCACAGAUUAUCACAAAUCCAGUUUUAACAUACAAUCCUCCUACCCAUGAAGAAUCUUCUCCACACCAAUCACAGAUUAUUGCAAAUCCAGUUCUAGCACACAGUCCUCCUAAUCAUGAGGAACCUUCUCCACAUCAAUCACAGAUUGUUACCACAAAUCCAGAUCUAUCGUAUAAUCCUUCUAAUCACGAGGAACGUUCUCCUGACCAAGCACAGAUUGUUACCAUAACUGCAGGUCCAGAAUUGGACACAAGAUUUAACUGUAGUGGACACAGAAAAGAGAUUACAAACAUCUCAGGUCUUUUUACACUCGGACAAAGUCACUUAGCGGACAAACCAUACUCCUGCUCAGAUUGUGGGAAAUGUUUUUCAAAUAAAGCAUAUCGUAUUGCACUUCAUAGAAGUCAAAGAGGAGAGAAGCCGUAUACAUGUUCAGAGUGUGGGAAAUGUUUUAUAUAUAAAUCCGAUCUUGUUGUACAUGAGAGAAUUCACACAGGAGAGAAGCCGUAUUCCUGUUCAGAAUGUGGGAAAUGUUAUACAAAUGCAUCAGCUCUUGGUAAACAUGAGAAGACUCACACAGGAGAGAAGUAUGCAUGUUCCAUAUGUGGGAAAUGUUAUACACAGAAACAUAAUCUUGUUAGACAUGAGAGAGUUCACAGAAAAGAGACUCAGACAGAAGAGGAAUCAAAUUUUGAAACUCAUUAGAGGAUUCACGUGGAGAAGAAACCAUAUUGGUGUAUGGAAUGUGGGAAAUGCUAUAAGAGCAAAACAAGGAUUUUUAAGUUUACCCAUCAGGUUAUUCGUAGACACUGAACAUCCAAAUAAGGUUUGUUUUUAGGGUGACAUUAGCCUGGAUCUGCCAGACACCCACAUGACAUUUACUUUGUUAGACCUGGUAGCUCAGUGGUUAGUAUUGUAGCCUUUGGGUCCUGGCUUCAAAUCUGAUCAAGGGCAACAUCUGCAUGAGGUUUGUCUGUUCUCCCCAUCUUUGUGUGGUUUUACUCCACACUCCAAAAUUAUACUGUGAGGUUAUUUCUAAUUUUAGAUUGUGAGCCCCCAGGGAGGGGGCAGGUACGGGGGUGUAAGGGAUGGCUGCCUUUAUGCAGUGUGACUGGAUAUGUAACUGCUAUGAAAAUGAAUAGAAAAUAAUCUAAGGUCAACUGACUGGAAUCCAUGGAGGCAAAGAAUGGUGGAUAUAAGGAAGAAUCAAAGAGCUUCAUUUAUUGAGAGAGCAGUGACAACUGAUGAUGACUUGUCCCCAUGAACCUUGCUUCUUCUUACUGUAUUCAUACCUCCACCCACACUGCAGGACAAUCCAGAGGGAUACAGUGGAAAAGGAAGGACACAACAUGUAUUAUUUUUUUUUCUACCAUAUGUGGACAUUUGACCUUUAGAUAAAGGUGAUGGACAUAAAACAGGAAUUUACAAUAAUUUGCAAAAAAACAACAACAAAAAAACAGAUCUUCCAUUUCCUUUUACCUGGUACUUACUUUUGGGCAAAAUAUUCUCCAGCAGGCAUUAAUUAUAAGGUCUCAUUCACACUUAUGUGUUCUGGUCAGUAUUUUAUAUCAUUAUCUGUAAGCU